AUGAUUGGUAGGCCAGAUGGACAUGAUGGAAGAGGAAGAAUGAUUGGCAAGCCUGAUGGACAUGAUGGAGGUAAUAAGAGAAUGUUCGGUCGUCCAGAUGGACAUGAUGAAGCUAACAAUCGUAGGAUCUAUCAGUCAUUUGGACACUAUAAUGUUAAACCUCUUCCACUUGGUCCAUCAGAUGGUCAUGAAAGAGUUCCAAUUGGUCAGCCAGAUGGACAUGAUAAAAUUAAACCUGAUUUAAUUGGUCAACCGGAUGGGCAUGAUGGAAUUAAACCUCAUUUGAUUGGUCAACCGGAUGGACAUGAAGGAAUUAAACCUCAUUUGAUUGGUCAACCAGAUGGACAUGAUGGAAUUAAACCUCAUUUGAUUGGUCAACCGGAUGGACAUGAUGGAAUUAAACCUCAUUUGAUUGGUCAACCGGAUGGACAUGAUGGAAUUAAACCUCAUUUAAUUGGUCAACCGGAUGGACAUGAUGGAAUUAAACCUCAUUUAAUUGGUCAACUGGAUGGACAUGAUGGGAUUAAACCUCAUUUGGUUGGUCAACCAGAUGGACAUAAUGGAGUCAACAUGAAAACAAAUGAACAGCCACUAAAUACAGAAAGUAUUUAUCAGGAUAAUGAUGAUGAGGACGACAAUGAUGAUGAUGAUGAUUGGCUAAUGUAUUUGAGUGGUAAUGCUCAUAGUUUCAUCUCAUCCAUAGGAAAUAUAUUUGGAGAGAAGAUUUUUGAAACCCAUGAUGAAGAUGAUGGCAGCAACACAGCACUUGUCAGAUGCAAACGUCCAAUCUGUGAUAAAUAUCUCGACUGUCCAAUGGGUCCUCAGUUGGACAGUCAGGGAUGUGCCACGUGCCAGUGUUUGUCUGAUCCGUGUGUGGGAGUAAAAUGCGAGAUUGGAUAUGUCUGUGAUGCUAUCGAGUGCCAGCCUGGUGUUGCCUGUCCUAGACUGACUGCUCGAUGUCUUGGAAAAACAUGCACCGGACCGAGCACGAUGUGUGCAAACUUCUGUGAGAAUUUGUACAAGCUGAACAGCAAGGGUUGUUCCACUUGUGAAUGCAGGACCAGAUUGUUGCCACCAUCCAUACCCCUGAACACCAGCUAUGAGAUUGCUGAGGCUGGAAGUGAUGAAGAUGAUGAUGGACAUGAGGAUGAAUAUGCCAAUGAUGAUGAUGAUGAUGAUGAUAUAGACAUACUCUGGGGUGUUGAAGGUCACAUGAAUGAUGAAGAGGAUAGCGAGGAUGAGGACGAUGAUGAUGAUGAAGAAGAUGAUGAUGAUGUCCUGGAAGUUAGUUAUGUGGCUCCAAACAAAAAUGGUAAAUUCUUCAAGGAUGCCUUCAACUGCAAAUGUAAGGCAAAUGAGAGAUGUGACAUGUACAAACCUCAGGAUAGCUUGAUAGCUUUCUACCCUGCCUGCAGAGUCAUCAGAAAAGGUAUAGCCAAAGUUAUGUACCCGGAUCUUUAUAAGGAACUUGAUGAUACAGACGUCAUUUUUGACAAAGAUAAUGACUACUCCAUCAAUCCCAUUCAGUGCCCAAUUAAUAUUCUUGAUAUGAAGUUCACACAAAAUGUUCUCUUGGAUCAAUUGGGUUUUAUAAUUGAGGAUGUUUUAACUCUUAGUCUGGGCAUGCCCAACAAGCCCUACCACGUUUCACCCUCCAAUCUGCAUGACGUCACUUGUGGUUAG